AUGGUUAUACACGAAAAUGAAGUAUACUCUCAAGUCAUGGGCUAUAUUUCUAUAGCCUGCUGGGUCGUUUUCAGCAUUCCACAAAUAUACGAGAAUUACAAGAGGAAGUCGGGAGAGUCCCUAUCGAUUAUUUUUCUUUACAUAUGGUGCGCCGGUGAUUUCUUGAACUUGAUGGGAUCUUUGUUCCAACACUUAUUACCUACUGUGAUUAUUCUCGCAGUCUACUAUAACAUUGUAGACAUUAUGUUAAUUUCUCAAGUCUAUUACUAUCGACUGCGUCGUAGUAAUUACGAAGAAAUUGUAUGCGAAUAUGGCACAUUUGAAUCACAAUCGCCGCCAUCACCUCCUCCUCCACGUCCCAAAUCCAAAAAAUUUAUCGAGAUAGCAAUUGGGAUCUUCGCCGUUUGUUUAACCGGAGUGAUUGCAUAUUACUUCUCCAGUAGGUCGCAGGAGGUAAAAAAUAAUAAAGAUCUAGUUCCCCUCUUAUUUGUCCAGCGAGAACAUCUGGAACUUUUUCCUCAAGUUUGCGGAUGGAUCAGUACACUUCUUUAUCUUGGAUCAAGAAUUCCGCAGAUCAUCAAAAAUUACACGACAAAGUCCACCGAAGGACUAUCACUUGCAAUGUUUUGUUACGCCGUGUUGGGGAAUAUUACAUUCUGUUUGUCAAUAAUCUUGAAUUCAACCGAUUACGAAUACUUAAUAAUAAAUUUUGCAUGGUUAUUGGGAAGUGGUGGAACUCUGAUUUUCGACUUUAUUAUCUUUGCUCAAUUCUACAUGUAUGGUCGAUAA